AUGAAGACUGCACUCAAGCUGCUGCUGUCCCUGGCCUUAGCUGUGGCUCUGUCCAUCAACACAGUGAGGGACAGAGUGAGGACCAAGAUGGAGCGGGACAUUCUGGCGGACGUCAACUAUCCCUUCGUGGUCAAGCUCCAUUAUGCUUUCUCAGAGGAGGAGAUCUCUUCACUCGACUCUCCAAAGUCGAGUGAAGAGUUUGUCAAGAUGGGCGCAGUUGCGUGA